AUGGGUCUCAGGCGCUUGUGGAAAUUGCGAAUCCCAGACGAAGUAGAGUCUGCUCAAGUCGCGCCUCUACUUUGUGCAGGACUUAUUGUCUAUUCCGCUCUUAAGCGCAGCAUGACCGUACCUGGCCAGUGGGUUGUCAUUUCUGGCACAGAGGAUGGACUGGGACACCUGGCAGUUCAAUUUGCCAGCAAGAGGAUAGGGUUACGUCUCAUCGGCAUUGACCAAGGGCAAAAAGCCGAAUUGGCCAAGAACUCAGCUUCCUACCGACGAGGACUGUAUGGAUUUGUCAAUUCUCUAACUGGACGACUUGGGGCUCACACUGUCAUUGUCUGUACCGCGGCCAAUAGUGCCCACAGUCAAGGGGUUCAAUUUCUAAGAUUCGGCAGCACUCUGGUUUGGGUUGGGCUCCCAGCAGGUGAACAAAAGCCGAUCGCUAGCGCCACUCCUGGGGGUUUGAUAGCGAAACAAUUGAAAAUUAUGGAGUCGGCUGUUGGCAACCGUAUUGUGCCGAGGAGGUGUUGUAGUUCGCUGCUCGGGGAGUCGUUCAGGCCCACAUACAGACGGUGCUAA